UAUUGUAGGGAUACAAAUAAUAUGGACACUCUAUGGUCGUACGUUGUUCAAUUCACAUUUUCAACCAACAGUAUUUGCAUUACUGUCAAAGAAAGGAGUGACUGAGUUUCAAAAAUAAAACUAGUGUGGCAAAAAGUUUUUAAACUAUGAUUAUCGUGUAUCUGAAGAAAAGCAACGAUCGUGAGAACACAUGAGAAGAAAAAUAUCGAAGGAGCAAAAUAAUUGAUAAUUCUUUUUUCAUUGGAAAUUGAAUCGAGUGCGAUGCAAUUGUUGCAGACGAUAUUUCAGCUACUAGCAGUGUGCGGUUGUUGGCAACCACCCUCUUCGGCACCACCCUACAAAAAAUUCUUCUACACAGUCUAUACUGUGAUUCUAUUUACAUUGUUAAACGUUAUAACAUUUUUACAAUGCCUGGACUUGAUACUGGUCGUAGAAAACCAAGACGAAUUCAGCGAUAACAUUUAUCUAACGUUGACGUUGAUGGUUUCAUGUCACAAAAUGUACAGCAUGUUAGCGAAACAUAAGAACAUCGCUUUUUUAAUUGAUAUCCUGAAGAAGGAGCCUUUUCAACCGGAAAAUGAGAAAGAAAUGGAGAUUCGAAAGGAAUUUAAUAAGAGAGCCCGCUGGCAAGCAUUAUUUUAUUUAGCUGUAACUCAAACGACAGUGAUAUGUUACACAAGCACAGGGGUUUUGAGAACUGAUGCCAUUAAGUUGCCCUACAGAAUGUGGCUACCUUACGAUUACCUUCCACUUUAUCUGCACAUCAUCAUUUAUUUUUUACAAGUUGUAAAUUUAGUAGCUGCAGCAGUAGUGCAUAAUGCCUGUGACGCUUUAAUAUGGGGUCUGUUCAUUCACACUUGUUCUCAGCUUGAGAUACUUGGAGCUCGUCUGAAAGCUAUCAAGCAAGGAAAUAAUCAGUCCGCAAAAGCGUCUGCUCGUUACCAUAAUCAAGUCUAUCGAUUGGCCAGAAUGAUAAAUGAAGAAUUUAAGAUGAUUAUUUUUGUUCAGUUCAUCGUAAGCAUGUUGGUGGUGUGCUUCACCCUUUACAUACUGGUAAUAAUGAAAGAGGUAAAUGCGACAUUUGUUAAAAUAAUAGUGUACUUGUGUGGUAUACUGGUGCAAAUAUUCUACUUCUGUUGGUACGGAAAUGAAGUGAAAUUAAAGAGCACUGGGAUUUCUGAUGUGAUAUUCGAAAUUGACUGGACACAAAUGAACAAUGACACUAAAAGAAUCCUCUUGAUGAUUAUGGGACGUACCACAUACUCCAUUGAAUUCACUAGUCUUCAUGUUGUGACUCUGAAUUUGGAAUCAUUCGUAAAUUUACUUAAAACUUCUUACUCGGCGUAUAAUGUGCUUCAAAGUGGCCAAGGAUAAUACCUAGGACCGACACGAGUCACUUUAUCGUAGAAGCAUGGACAUUCCCCGAAUCGAAGUAAACUACUCGUUAAAAACACAUAAAACACACAACGAAACCAUGUAAG